UUCACCCCUGUGGAAUCAUUAUGGCGACCAACAUGGUGAAGUGUUCUCUUUUCUCGAGGUUAAAUAAUCACGCAAUCCGCCACGUCAUAAAGAGAGAUGUGUCUGCAGUGAAGGGACUCAAUGAUGUUGUUAUUGUGAGUGCUGUCCGUACACCUAUUGGGUCUUUUAGAUCUUCCUUGUCAUCAGUGCCAGCUCCUAGACUUGGAUCUAUUGCAAUAAAAAAUGCUGUAGAGAAGGCAGGAAUCGCUCCAGAAGAAGUACAGGAGGUUUACAUGGGGAAUGUUUUGCAAGCUGGUCAGGGCCAAGCACCUACAAGACAAGCUGUACUAGGAGCAGGCUUAUCUUUAGGAACACCAUGCACCACAAUCAAUAAAGUAUGUGCCUCUGGAAUGAAAUCUAUUAUGAUGGCAGCCCAGAGUUUAAUGUGUGGCCACCAGGAUGUGAUGGUAGCUGGUGGAAUGGAAAGUAUGUCAAAUGUCCCAUUCAUGAUGAAACGAGAUGCCCCGGCAUAUGGAGGUCAUAGACUAGAGGAUGGCAUUGUUGCAGACGGCCUCACUGAUGUAUAUAAUAAAUUUCAUAUGGGAAACUGUGCAGAGAACACAGCAAAGAAACUUGAAAUUGGAAGGGAAGCCCAAGAUCAGUAUGCAAUACAAUCUUAUAAAAACAGUCAAAGAGCUGCAGCGGAUGGCAUUUUGAAGAAAGAAAUUGUACCUGUCAUUAUUCCACAAAGGAAAGGUCCAGAAAUUGUUGUUGAAGAAGAUGAAGAAUACAAAAAAGUGAAUUUUGAUAAAUUUUCAUCACUGAGAACAGUUUUUCAAAAGGAUGGUGGAACCGUGACUGCAGCUAAUGCUAGUACACUUAAUGAUGGUGCUGGAGCUGUCGUGUUAAUGUCAGCACAGGCUGCUGCAAGACUUAAUGUUAAACCAUUAGCUAGGAUUUUAGGUUUUGGAGAUGCUGCCGUGGCUCCAAUUGAUUUUCCUAUAGCUCCAGUCCCUGCUAUGGCAAAGGUUUUAGAGCAAACUGGUGUGAAGCAAGAUGAUAUCGCAAUGUUUGAAAUCAAUGAAGCGUUCUCUGUUGUCGUCCUAGCAAUCUGUAAACUCAUGAACUUAGACACCAGUAAAGUCAAUGUCAAUGGCGGUGCUGUUAGCAUCGGGCAUCCUAUUGGAAUGUCUGGAACACGAAUUGUUGGACAUAUGGUACAUAAUUUAAAACCUGGAGAGAAAGGCUUGGCAGGAAUCUGCAAUGGUGGAGGCGGUGCAGCAGCAUUAUUGUUGGAAAGAUUGUAAACAUCAUGAUAACUCUGGCAAUUGUUGAAGAAAUUAGUCAAUUCUGAUCCUUCUGAGGGUGGUGCCAAUGAUCAAUUUGUUGGAAGCUGGAACAGGUUACACUGCCCUCUAGUGUUGGUUUCAGUAAUUUUUGAAAGUCAAUCUUUAACAUGUGAAUGUUAUACCAUGGUAUUGAGUAUUGGAAUGAGACAUUUAACUGUGUGCUAUAAUGUAUCUACUGAUCUACCACAUACCUUGUAUAAAAUCAAGAAUUCCUUGCUAAUUCUUAUAUUGGGGGUAAGAUUUCCUUUUGGUCGUCACUGACUUGAUGCCUGCAUUGUGGUGUAUUUCUAGGACUCUGGUACAAUAUCUGAUUGUUGAUUUCAAUUUAUAGAAAUGGGAAACUAAAAUUAUGUCCAGUUCUAUGUGUUAUUACUACAUCUAACAAUAAAAUAUAUAUAAUUUUUUAAUGUCAAUUAUCAAA